CUUCAGAACGCAUGACCGAAACCCAUCAACACCAACCCCACUUCACACUGCCUUCCCGACGACUCGUUGCAUCCCUACAUCCCUCUGGCGUUCUCGAGGGUAGGGUUUGCCAGUAAUACAACCGCCUACCAGACUCACUCUCUCUAGCCCGCCAUGUUCACAACAAAGUCGGUUCAGUCACUCAAGAAUCUGUUCGCAUCCUAUCACGAACCCCUACCCUUGUCGAAACAGCAAUCUCAAAAGCUUCUUGACGGUCUCAAGACUUCCUUUCGAAAACAGCUCGAUCGCGAAUAUGGAGAGAGCCCCAAUAGUCUAUCACCGGCUGCCGCGAAACCCGUAGAUGUUGAUCCUGCCCGACUAUCUGCUACAAACCGCCAUUUGAAAGAUAUCCUGUCGAACCCGCUGUUCAGCUACAACAAAGAUGUCACAUCGACGUUCCCUUCAAGCCUAGCAUCCCCUUCUUUGGUUGCACCCACGCGUGAUCCUAUAGAGGUUUUCGACCAUGCUGUAGCUCGAGGAUUGAUGACACCCAAGGCCGCCAUCGGUGUGAUGGUCGCCAAAGCAAAGCAACUGCAAGCGAAUGAGCCAGGCCUUGGGAGUCUCGCUACAUCGGGUAUGUCAGGGCGUAUCAUAAGAUGGCUACGAGCUUGUGGUGCUGAGCAGGAUCUACGAUUUAUGGACAAUUAUACUUUUAUCAGAGCGUUGUCUCCGUUCCUGGUGGCAGAAGGCAUGGAGGAGAUUGCUUGGGAAUGGCUUGCGCGGACAAUCAACAACACCUCAGGAGACCUGUCAAAUGAAAAGCGUCUCAGGAGAGCAUCCAACUUACUCGGAGAACUCGUCAAGACAAAGUGUCAGCCUCAAUAUGGCAACCUUGAUUCAGGCAUCUCUACCAUGUUGCAAGCACAGCAACUUUUCCGGACCAGCCCGCUACUAUCGGAUCUUCUAGUCUCGUCAUGGAGGUCAGUUUCAUGGCUCUCGACCGUCGAGUCCUACAGUCGACCAGCUCCAUCUGAAGAACUCUUUGAUGCUCAUAUUGCCACGGCCGAUCGUCUGCCACAACCUUUUCUUCUGGAACGUGCUCAUUUGCACCUUUACCACCCCACACAUCCCGAUCACCUUCCUGCUCUGAACUUCUUCAAAGACAAGCAAAGACUACGAAAGCUAGUUAAUACUGUUGAGCCCAAGAAGUCGAAGCCAGAUAAGCUAAGCACCGUAUCAUGGCUCGCCUUCUUAGGCCACGACACAGUCAACCACUUGACCCAAUCUGGAAGAACUCAAGAAGCGCAGGGAGUUACGGAGCUAUUGCAGGCAGAAGUGGCUAGCCUUUUCAACCACAAAUCCGAACCCGCACUCGGGUCGUGAGGAGUGAAAGAGUAAAGGCAAGUAUGGAUCAGGUUUUUGGGACAUUCAAUAUUUAUCAUGCACAUAUAACGGAAUCACAGCGGUACAUAGGGAGUUGGUUAUAAUGAUACCACGAUGGAGUUUCAUACAGACUAUCACGCGAAAGCGUGUCAAUUUGCAUCAAUAAGGCUAUUUAAAAAGAAAAAAUUCAUUAUCAAACAU